UCUGAGUUUGGUAAUAUUUAACGGGACAGUUUUGGGUGACAUGAGCCCCAGCAUGUGGAAGAAGCAGCUCUGAUGACAUGCAUCCGCUGCGUGUGAUAACUUACCGCUGAUCCACAGAGACACCAGGCUGAGGUCCAUUCAGCAUUGAACAAUGGAUUGACUGUAUUGAUUGAUUCAACAUGGAGCUCUAUUCUCUGUUAGUGCUCCUACUUUCAUGCAGGAUUCAAGCAGUUGGAGCUCAGGUGAAGCUGUCACCUCAAACACUAACCGUCCUGCAAGGAGAGGAGGCCCGGUUCACCUGCAGCACCUCCAACACCCGGUGGACCGUUAUGGUGUGGCUGCUGAACGGAAAAGCGGUUCUAACCGUCUCCAAGGAGAACGGCGUCCUGCCCGCCGUCACCCCUAAUGUGACGGCCGAGAAGAGCCCUGACUCACAGCGAGAGGGCUGGGUGUUUGUCCUGAAGAACACAGAGAGGAGCAACCAGGGACAAGUAACCUGUGACCUCCAGGGCAUUGAGAGUAAAACAGCAGGACUGUUUGUACAAGAAAAGGGCAGCGUGAAAGUUUUUGGAGAUGACAAGUUGGCUUUUAAGGGGCAGUGGGUUCAGUUUGAAUGCCAAGCAGCAGGAUGGUACCCUCAACCCACCCUGCAAUGGCAGGUGUAUGACAGAAAGGUGAGCCAGGGUGAAUACAGCAUCAGUAGUGAAGAGUCAGGGAAGAGCCUCUUCACAGUGACCAGCAGCCUCAACGUGACGGCAGCGAAGAGCUCUCAUGUGGAUUGUCUGGCCGCUGUGUCCGCCCUCCCCACACCAAUGAAGAGCAGUGUCCGACUGACAGUGGUUGCAGAGGUGGUGCAGGAAAGAGAUGACUGCACAGUCCCGCUGGCGGUAACUGCCUCCCUCUCUGCUCUUCUGCUGCUCCUCUUGCUCUGCAUCUGCACCGUCCACUGGUACAGACAAAGGAGACAAGCAAAGCCGAGCCCACAGGAUGCAAUAAGGUCUGACCAAUCAGUGAGCGGGAGAGGCUUGGUUGCUGAGGCGACGGGCGGGAAGAUCAACUUGGCAUACUCUAGCGAGGGCCCCACAGAUGCAGUUUACAAUGAGCUAAUCAUGGAAACGGGUAGCCAGAUGGACUUCAGCUUCUACAAGGUCCCUGAUGUCGUGUCGUCCAGCAGCCUGUCUCUGCACAGUGAGAGCACAGCACAGGUGUGUCUGUCAGAGGAAAGCUCCAAGAACGUCAGGAGAAUAACCACAGUUUGAAAACAUUUAUGUACAAAGACAGUGUUCAUGGUGAACACGGCUGCACAGCACAGUAGUUACAGGUGGGCCACUCACCAGCGUUUGUAUGUUGUAAUUUUUCAUAUUUUUGUAAAGCUAGAAGCUAAUGUUA